UGUAUUCAUUAAUUUUUUUUGUUAUUGAUUGAUUGACUUGAUUGAUUACUUUUAAUAUUUGCAAAAUAAUUUUCGCACGUUUAAACAGUGAACAAUGCGCAUGUAUGCGCUGUGAUGCUGCUGCGCCGGAUCACUGCACGUGUCAUUAGUUCAUUAUCAUCUGGAUUAUCAUUUGUUUAUCAUUUAUUAUGUAUACAUUGAAGGCUUAUGAUAAUUUUGAUCUAAAUUCUUAGGCAAAUACAAAUGUAUUUAUUGAAGUACCGUCAACGUGAAAAGGAUAUUGGGCUUUACGAAGAUUGUGCUUUAACGAAGACUUACAUUUCACGUUUUUUUCAGUAUCGAGGAUCUUUUACUUACGCGAUAAGAUAUGCAGCUGCGAGAUUUGACGAAUCACCUCGAUCAAAUAUAUGUUAAAACGAUCUAUUAAUAAUAUGUUUCGCUACAGCGUGAAAUUUGCUAUGCUGACAAAUUCUUUUUUUCGAUGUAAAAAUCGACGAUUAACGCCAGAAAUAUGGACAAUGUUUAAAGAGACGGAUCAAAUUGAAAACACAUGAUGUUCAUUUAUUCGCAAAUAUUUAAAGAAUUGUACUCUAAGUAGACGAUACAACACAAACGGCGACGUCGCUGAGCAGUACUGAUCGUCUUUCAUUUAAAAAUCUGUGGUCUUGUCAAAUGCAGUACAGUGAUUUUUUUUCUAUACCUUUUUUAUACUUUGUUAUAUUUGUUUUUUUUUUUAUUUAUGUUCUAUCGAUUUCACGCCGAGUUAAUUGUAGUAAUAUAUCACGCGUACAAUAGUGUGAUCGGACGAAUAAAUUUUCGAUUCGAAAGAUCAAUAUGUUAGACGAUUCAAAAUCGUCGUCCAGUGACGAGAAAUUUACAGAAAACUCGGUAAACGAGGAUUCUCAUUCAAGAAAUGAUAUUCAAACGGCAAUAUCGCAAGAUGUACAACAUGCAAACAUCCUUGAAGGCAAAAGCAUAUUAAUAUCGAUUAAAAAGCAUGAGAAAGAUCAUCUUCUUACGAAAGAAACGCAAGAAAUUGAAAAGUGUAACAAUGACAAUAAGGAUAUCGGUGAGGAAACACAAAAUAACUCAGAGGAAGAAAAUGCGUGCAUGUGUGUUGAAGAAACUUGUCAAACUCUCAAAGAAGUAGUCGGAUCAGCGGGAAAAUCAGCAAAAAAACCAAAGAGGCCGAAAGAGAAGAGACGCAAAUUUUCUUUUCUUGAUUCGAUAAUUUCUAUGUGUUUAGUUGGUCCUUUAGCGAUCAGCGUUUGGAGAGGAAUAUGGACGUGGCUAGACCUUCACGCGGAAUUGUUUCCCGGCUGGAUUUGCUUUAUAUUCGGCACUGUUCUGCACAUAACAUUUACUAUUUAUAAGUACCGGCUUUGCUAUAUCGUCACGAAGAAAUGGGCUGCAUUAAAUUGGCAAAAGCGAGUGCUCUAUCGUGCUUUAUGUGUCCUGUACAUUUAUAUGUUCGGAGUGUCUUGCAUUACGCAGUGGCGGGGUGGCUGGAUCAUCAUCGACGACUAUUUCUCCGUGCAUGUAUGGAUUACACCGUGCGCGACGUGCUUGCUACUGAUCUGCUUGGCGAUCCUGCGUGGCAUUCGAAACUUGCUAGCAACACCAAUGAUACUCUUCAUCGAUAUACCGAGUUACGUUUUUAUAUUUCCCACCAGAUACAACGUGCAAAGUUCGUGCCCUUGACGAGGUUGGCCGAGAGAAAUUAGUGGACGAAGGUGAGAAGAUGUUGCAACCCAAGCUUGAUUGACAUACAAAAAGGAGUCGAUUAGCGACGACUUUGGCUAAAGUGUCAAUGGUUAUAUGAGUAUACAUCAAUGGCUAAAUGAGUAGAAGGCAGGAAACACCACUCAAAAAAAAAAUUAUAUCAAGGUGACUAAAAAUUAUGCCAUUGUAAUCGAAUUGUUCUUCCUUUUCUAGCGAGAUAAGUCGCAAAGCUAUUUAAAAUCUAAUGAUUUUUUUAUUGCUCUAGAAUGCUACUUCAAUGAUAUUUAAUUACAUAAUAAUUCAAUA